GGAUUUAUCAAGAGCGAGGACGAUGGAGACCUGCGACACUUGCUCGUUCUAAUUAAACAACACGGGGUAGGAAAAAAAAAAAAAACAGGUGGUCUAGCUCAGGAUCCAGAUCCAGGAUUCAGGGUUCCGGGAUCCGGAUCAUCUGCUGGUCUAAUAACAACAGGCUGCCGGUCUGAGUGAGAGACGCGGAGGUUGAGUGCGCAGACUCCAGCGUCAAACCUCACACAGCUGCGCACAGCGGACCCCCCCACCGAGAGAGGCCUUUUUUUGGCCCUGCGCCCCUUGAACCAAACACCCCCGCAAAAGCAUACACAGGAGCCCACCCUCCCCGCUGCCUCUCCCAUCCAUAUGUACCUCCAUUCUCUGUCACACAUUUUUCAAAAUUACAUGCAAUUAUAUUUUAUUCUCCAGCGGGAGCCGGAUCUGCCAUCGUCCUAUUAUUUGCCGGCACAAUAACUUUCACAAAUUUACAUAUUUCUCUACAAAAGUGAUCGUCUUUGAAAGCCACUCCUCAUUCCCAGUGACAAAUCGGAGAUCGUUUUUCUCCCGUUUGAGUUUGGUUGAUGUUUUUUUUUUGGGGGUGGAGAGAGAAGGGGGAAAGAGACGUCAUUUAUCACAUGCUUAAUUAGUCACCCCAGUUGAAAUGGGACUGGCAAUUUGGGAGCCGAGGGCAGAAGAACGGCAAAAGUGGUCGCUUGCAGUGUCUCUCGCGGGUGGGGAGCCAUUUCCUCGGUUUGUGCUUACUCGUAAUUUCCAGCAGUAGUAUCCUCCUCCUCCUCCUCCUCCUCCCCCCCCCCUCCUCCUCACACUUAAAAGCUCCCUCAUUAUCACCCACCCGCACCCCAUCACAGUUACAGCCUGUGCCAGGCCAGCGCCAAUGCACGCUAAUCCAAACCCGGAAUAAAAAGCAGGAGAUAAAAGUACAGCGUGUUAUCUAUAGAUAUGCCAGAGAAAGAGUUAGUACGACGGGGGGUGGGGCGGGAGUCUCCUGCGGGCUCCCCUGAAGUCACUGAGCGAGUGACAGUCCGUGUUUACAAUGCGCUGAUGAGAUAUCUAACGAGUGCCUACUUUUGAAUGUGCCAUACCGUCAUUACGGAAGCCAGCAGAUGAUAACUUUUGCAUUUGAAUCGAUGCGCUGUUCAAGUGCCGCCAUCAGUACAGGAAUGUAAAAGACUGCCUCCGAACUUAAACCGAUCUCUUUUUCCAGGCUGAGUCUGAAAAGCUUUGCCACGCCAUCCGUGCGCACUCGACUCUCCCGUUCCAAAGCCAUUGGCAACAAUCUAAAAUCAAAGCUGCCAGUUUAAGAGGAUUCGCCUCUGACCCUUUUUUUUUUUUCCCCCUCCGCCAAAUUUGAUCUGGUCAGCUUUUCUGAAUGAAGCUGCUUUUGUGUUGCGAAUAUUCACAAGUCCGCUUUUGGAAUCAGCCGGCGAGCUAGAACCUGCACAACAAAAGCGCCGUCCCAUCGUCAUGUAAAAAUGACGCCCACGGCCAGGCUCCGCAUCCUCGCGCUGGUCGUCCUUCUUAGUGCCCCGCAUAGCACCGGUGAGGACGCGGUCCCGUCCUCCGCCCCAUCCUCCACCGAGCCCGGCCACUCGAUGCCACAGUUUGACCCGAGACCGGCCGCCCUCCGCGGCCGGCCCGAGGCCCCUGAGAAAGUUCCCGAAAGCCCCGCAGAGGGCGUCCUGGAGGCCCCCCCGAAGCCCAUGGCCCAAGCGAUGUUCCCCAAGAAUGUGACGUCGUCCGAGGCCCUGGCCCCGCCCUUGGGCGCCGCCCAGGUGGCCCCGCGCCUCAUCGACGUGUGGAUGGACGUGUGUCAGGGUUACUACGAUGUGAUGGGACACUUUGACAACUCGUUCAACUGCACCAAGGACACGUUCAUUUACUGCUGCGGGACGUGCCACUACCGCUUCUGCUGCCCCGAUCGAAACCGGCAGCUGGACCAGGACAGCUGCAAGAACUACGACUCGCCCGCCUGGGCCAAGACCGAGUCCAACGCCUUGGUCAUCGAAGAGGAGCUGGGCCCCGACCCGGACUUCGACCCCCUGAAGCAGCAGAGCCACAACACGGGCUUUGUGAUCGGAGGCGUGGUGGUGUUCAUGGUGGCCGUGGCCGUGGGCAUCAAAGUGGUCUUCAACAAGGUGCAGCACGAGGCCAUCCAGAGGGACCUCAAUAUGCCAAGAGCCUUGGUGGACAUGCUGCGUCACCAGUCCAGUCCGGUGCAGCAGGACGAGAGGAACAACAGCGUGGCUCUGACCAUGGGGGACGGCCAGGGGACGCUGGGGAGAGCUCCCAAAAACCUCUACGCCCCGGGACUGCCCAGCAAGGACAACAGAUUGGGCAACCUGCAGCACAAUUUCAUCCACACGUCAGGCUCCAGCCCCAAACAUACCGCCACGAUCGAACGCACGCCUCGGAUGAACAACGCUCAGCUGGCGGCGGGGGGCACCUUGCUGUCCAGUAAGCACAACAACACCAAAUCCCAGCCUGCCUUCCACCAUUCCUUACACAACCUGGCUCAGCUGCCCCCCUCCUACGAGAGCGCCACCAAGCCCGAACUCAACCGAUACUCCUCGCUCAAACGGCUCGAAAAAGGUCUGGACGAGUACUCGUCCGGUUACUGCACCACCAAGCGCCGCCCGCACACGGCUCAGCCGGCCCUUCAGUCCUCCCAGCACCACCUCCACUGGGGCGGCGACUACACCCUCAGCGGGAGAGGAACGCUUCCCAGACACGCGGCGCGGCCCUGGAUUCCGCCGCCGCCGUCCGGCAUGCCGGCCUCGCCCACGCCCAACCCUUACCCCCUGGACCCGCCGGAGCCCCAGUACAACCCCAACUACGACACCCUCUCCAAACCCAGGAAGGUCAAGUCCAGCGACCAGCUGCUCAACAUGGGCGACGUCCCCGGCAACACCGGCACCCUGUCCCGUCUUUCCAAGAACCAGCAGCACCAGUACUACAAGGCCAUGGCUGCCUCCGGUAAGAACUCGAACACGCAGACCCUCACCCGGAAGACCCAAGACAGGCAGGAAAGGCAGGAAAGGCAGGACAGGCAGGACAGACACGAAAGACACGAGAGGCAGGAGAGGCAGGAGAGACACGAAAGACAGGACCGGCUGCUCAUGUCCCCGGACCAUUUGGAGGAAAGGAUGGGCGGGAUGGGGGUCAUGGAUCCGUACGCCCACUCGGGAGGGGGCGUCCCCACCCUGCCUCGCCAGCAGAAGGCCCAGUCUCAGCAGAACGUGUGCGCCACCCCCUCCCUGGACCGCCACCACAUGAUCAAGAUGAACUCUCACCCGACGUCUGGCAGAGAGCAGGAGAGGAACCCGGGCGUGACCGGCCACAUCAGCGGGGGCAUGGGCUGGGCGGGGGAGGUGCCCGGGGCGGGCGUCGUCAUGGGAACGGGAACGCUAGGGGGCCACAACGCCCGCAGGAUGGCUUUCGCAAACAAACGGCAGAACACGAUCGAGCAGCUGAGAUAA